GCGCAGGAGGUCGUGAAGGGGGCCCAUGCUGGGCAAUGCUGGCUGGCGCAAGAGACCCGCCUCAACCCUGGAGGUGCCGCUCGCGAGGAGCAGCGGCUACGCCGCCAGGGUCUCAGAGGGGACCUCGCGCCUGGCACCAGCAGGCAGGGCAGCCUGGACGUGCAGCAGCGGCGAGCCGCGUCUGGGGGCACUGGAAUUGUGGUCAGGUCGGGUCGAGGCGCGGCCCAGCCUCUACCGGCUACGGCCACAGCCGCCGCGGAGCCCGGCAGCAGCUCGCAGCGCGUCUCCAAGGGCCGCUGCACUUGCCUCCACAUCGAGGGCGUCAAGAGACGCGGCAUCCUGGCGGCCAGCAUCUACUUGGACAACGAUCACCUGGGGGAGUCGUCGUGGAGCGUGCUGCGCGACCUGGGCCGCGCCCUCAGGGCGUCGGGGAGGUCGUUCGUGGUCGGGGGCGGCUUCAACGUGGGCCCCGACAUCUUCACCGACAAGGCGCGGUACUGGCUCGAGGGCGUGCGCGGCCAGGUAGUCAGCAACGUCGACGACCAGGGCACAUGCUCCUUUGCCGAGGAUGCGCCGCCGUCGGAGUUGGACUUCUUCAUCGCGUCGCUUGACCUGGUCCACAGGGUCAGGAGCUGCAAGAUCAUUGACGUUCCUGCCUUCAGGCCGCACCGUGCUGUCGCCCUCGCGGUGAAGCAGGGAGGCGAGGAACCGUGGGAAAGGCGCCUAGCUGCCCCGAGGCCCUUUCCCAAGAAGAAGCCUGUGGGGCCUGUGCAGGAGGCCCUGCAGGUGGAUGCUGAUGUUCAGGCCCUAUGCGAGAGGGCGGGCUCCCAGGACGAGUUGGACAAGGCCUUCCUGGGGAUCAUGGGCCACGUGGAGGAGGAGCUGCUCCAGGUCGUCCACAUCGACCCUGAUGUCGCCCACAAGAUGGUGGGGCGAGGAUGCGAGGCCCGCUGCAGCUGGAGGAAGCCCCCGCGCGAUCCUGGCGGGCGGCUCCAGCCCAAGGCGCGCGGCGAGGCGAGGCCUCUCCAGGCUAUGGCGCAGUGGCUGCGCAGGUGGGCCGUCGGCGCGCUCCCCGACGCAACGCAUCGCGGCCUGCCUCCCAGCUGGCAGGCCGUGAGUCCGACGGCCCCUCUGGCGCCCCUCGCAGCCCGAGCGGCCUGGGCCGACGCCUUGGAGGCAGAAGCCAACGCGCUCACCGACGCAUUCCGGUCGAGCUAG